AUGGGAGGAUUGCAUAAGAGCACGGAGAAACAACAGAGAACACAUUCCGUUCACGAUCCGCGCUGGAAAUUCUUGCAUCCAACUGUGAUUUCAAAUCCCAGAAAGGGCUCGGCUCGGCGGCCGAAAUUCCGGCACCCAAAUUGUGAACGUGGGCGAAUCGAGGCUUCGGGAUGCUCUUGUGCAUUUGGCUCCGGUCAAUUCGGGAGCUAUGGCGAUGGAAGCAGAAUCAUUCGCCAUGGAAGUUCGCAGGACCUUCAAAUGCCAGAGGGAGGGGGCGGCCAAGGGCAUGAGCCUGCCAUGGACCUUGAAUUUUCACGAUCUAUUGAGAAGAUAAAAUCGCGGUUAAAAGUAAUCAUUUGA